AUGCUUCGCAGUCGAUUGUUGUUGUGGCCCGCGGCGCGUCGGGCCCCGCUACGUGGACGUCGCGCCGCGCAUGCCCAACGAUCCCGCGGACCCCGCGCCACGUACCAGCCGCUGAUUUAUUGGCCGUCAUUCGGCCUAUCCAAUUUAAUCGCGACACCGUCCAUUUUCGGCGGGCCGGGCACUUUUGCAACCUUGGGUGUCAACUGGCGCCUAUGCGUGAUUUACACGUACUCUAGAGGAAUCGGUGAUAAGUUUGCGCGCGGCUUAUUUCCUCUGCAGUAUAGCUAUAGCUUGACUGAAGUGUCCGAAAUUAUCGUGAACACGGCCGCAAUAAUAAAAAAUGCAAUUGGGGACACAGUGCAUCUUCUCCCGCGCAAUCCCGAAGGCUCAUUAGCCACGUCGACGAGGCCCGUCCCCCGUCGUGGGAGCUCGUCAUUAAUCACGCCGCUAAUGGCCCGUGCGGUUUCGGAGUCGAAAUUGCAAAUUACGCACCGCCGCGUCGACUCAGGUGUGAUCGAGGGGCCGCGGCUCCGCCAAACUGCCGCGCGUUUUUUGCGAGAUCGAAAUUAUCUUCCUGUUGAUGCACGCAAUGCUCUGAACGUC